AUGUUUCGCAUUUAUUUGCACCCGGGUAGAAUUAAUCUGCUUAGAUGUCGGGUCAAUUUACAACCUUCGAGCCUUCGACAAAUUCAUUCCUCGUCGAUUUAUAAUCUACCGAAAACUUCCAAGUCUUCAGAACUUCCAACGCCUACGGAUGAGAAUAUUCCAGUCAAGCGAACGCGCCGGAAGACUGUCACCCCCAAAGUCGUUGAAGGACCAGAUGAGUUGCUGGUGAAAGCAAAGAAAACUAGGGGUAGAAAAUCUGCGACCUCGACAGAUGUUGAAGAAGAUAUAUCUGCAAUUGAACCAGUGAAGCGUGGUCGUAGGAAGUCUGCGGCCUCUGAAGGUGUUGAAGAGGAUCUUUCUGCAAUUGAACCGGUGAAGCGUCGUAGGAAGUCUGCGACCUCGAAGGCUAUUGAAGAAGAUGGUCCGGCGGUGGAACCAGUGAAGCGUAGGCGUAGGAAGUCUAUGACCUCGGAAGAUGUUGAAGAAGAUACUCUCACAAUUGAACCACUGAAGCGUCGGAGGAAGUCUGCGACCUCAGAGGCUAUUGAAGAAGAUGGUUCGGCGGUGGAACCAGUAAAGCGUAGGCGUAGGAAGUCUACGACAUCGGAAGGUAUUGAAGAAGAUGAUUCGACAGUGGAACCAGCGAAGCUUAGGCGUAGGAAGUCUACGAGUGCCGAAAGUGUUGUAGAGAAACAAGACGAAUCGAUCACACAUACCUCCCCAAAUACUUCGGACUCUAUUUUUCCCCCAGCAGAGCCGGUGAAACAAAAAGCAGCUCGGCCGAGGAAGGCAAAAGUACUAAAUUCAGAACUGGAAGGAGAACCAGUAAUGCGAUCAGCGAGCCGUCUUAAAGCGGCAAAGUUGCUGGAUGCUGAACUGGAACAACAGUCCGCGAAACGUAACUCUUCGUUGGAGGCAAAUGUAGAUGAUCCAGAAUCCCAAGAACGCAUGGAGGAAAAUAACUGUUCAUCCGAAGAACCCAAACCCAUCAAAUCCCGCAUAAGAAAUGAUGAUCGGAUAGAUGAAAAAGAGUUCAUCAAAAUUGAUCCUACUUUGAAAAGGUUCUUUACAGAUAGUCACAAAAUGGGGUCAGCUAUGGGGGAUAGAACACGUAUAAACAUCGUUAACGACGCACUGUGUGAUGAUAUUUUGGACCGUUUGAAGCCGUCGCUGUUAAAGCAUGUUGGCUGCGACGUUAUCGACAUAAAUCCAGGUAUAGGGUUAUGGUCAUCUAAAAUCCAUGAUGUUUUGAAACCUCGAACACAUCUCCUCAUGGAACCUGAUGCCAAGAAAUAUAUUCCCUACCUCCAACCUCUUCUUGAUGCAAAAGAUUCUACCUAUCAGCACAUACCAAAACCCGGAACUGUCUGGGAACAUCUUGGACACGUUACAACCCCAACCUUUUUACCUCAUCAGGUAAAACUUUCACCAGAUGAUCCCAAGAUCAAUGAACCAAAUAAUACCCUGCUUGUGAUUGCAAAUCUUGGCCAUUUUCCUAGAAAGAGAUUUCGUGGGUUUGAAUCCAUCUCAUCACUAGUCUUGUAUCAACUUCUCGCCGCAGCAAGAUCGCAUGCAUUAUUCCAUCAGUAUGGUCUCAUCCGGAUGCUAGUAUGGAUACCGGAUAUGGAGAAAACAACGUGGUUGGUCCGCAAUAUCGCUCAAAUGCGUAAAAAUGCCGUGGAAGCCCAAAUAACUACAAAAUAUAUUCGAGAAAUUGCAAGUUCGACGGAGGACAACCACCGAUUUGUAAGAGAUUCUGAGGUUGCCCAAAAAAAUUCGCUAGAUGUCAUCAGUAAUAUGGAUAGAAUGGGUAUAACAACCCCCAAACAUAGACAAGGGUCAAUGGAGAUUCAAGCUAGACAAUCACCUGUAGUUAGGGAUGCAGUACAAGGCAAAGAUUUUGAUCGCUUCAAGAGAGCUUGGUCGGAUGAAUAUACGAAGCUCCGGAGGAAGCUGGACGAAGGAACUCUACAAAAAUUUGUGAAAGAUGGAGAGGUGGUUGUGGCUAAAGGGACGAAGAAAAAAAUCUACACCUACGAAUUUCAACGUUUGCUCUUUCUGACUUCAAAGAUUAAAGUCAUCAAUUUUCAGGGCCGGUUGACCGAUGAUCUAAUCAAUGAUUACAAUGAAAUCAACAAGUUUCAUGGCCGACUCACGGAAAGCAAUCCCAAUUCCGUCACACAACGUUCCAGAGAUAAAUUAAAAGCAAUGAUCGAGGCUUAUGAUGCCAAGGUUGCAAAUCUUCCUAUAGCUGCCCAAAAGAUGUAUAACGUCAGGCUCGAUGGUGCGCGCAUUCCUACAGAAUUUGAGAAAAGAGAAACAGAGCCCCUCAAAGUAUAUGCAGCAGAAUUUACACCUCCCUCCCAAAUGUGCCUUUUGGAUGUCCAGCCACAAGCUCUUUGGCCUAUCCUCAGGGAAAACUACCCGGAGAACUAUGAUAUCUUCGAAUUCAUUAUUGGCACCAUGUACGCAACUCCCGUUGAGUCAGUCUACGAAUCGUUGGAAGGGUUAUGGCCUGGCGCGCUUGAAUACAUAGUCGACCAGUGUCCUUCGUUAACAGACCCUUCGAAAGGAGGAUCGUUCAGCCUGAAGCAUAUGUCGGUGAGAUCGAUGACGAAUGAUAUGUUAAAGGAGAUUAUGGAGGCAUGGAUGAAGUGGCCAUUUCGCCCGAGUAGGUUUGAAUUGUUGGUCAAGAGUGGGAGUAUGGUACAUGACCCAGACAGUGCAGAGGAAGAUGCGCUGGAGGGCGUGUGA